GAGAAAAAGACUUUAAAACUCUGAAAUGCUCAAGCCCAGCCCUCGCUUAGACCAACAACAGUGCAAUGUAUAAAAAGACAGAUGCAACAUGAGUAAUAAAGAGAAAGAAAACACACAUCACACAAAAAACCAAAUCAACGCAAAGUUAUCUGAAAGCACUCAUAAUUUGAGUCCAAAUUUUGUUAUUGUCAUUAGUAAUAGUACUCGAGAUUAACACAUAAUUCUGAACUAUUUUAAGUCUAAUUUUAGAGACUCAUUCUUUAAUACCAAUAAUGUUGUUUCAUAAUUUCACUUUACAUGAAAUGACGUUGAAUUAAUGUUAUGAUUAACAACCUCGUUGUGUACACUGGAUAAAAGGAGAAUUGUUAGUAAAAGAAAAGCAAACAUAAUUUAAAACAAAAUACCUAUUUUACUAUAGCCUAUUUAGCAUAUUUAUUAAAUUGCAUUACUGCCGUCUUAAUGUUACAUAUAAAUGCAAUACUUGGACUUUGUAGUUUUCUGUAAAAUGCCUUAAUAUAGCAUAAUGAUAGCAGGAGCUUGCGUGAGACUAAGUUAAUCAAUUUAGGACAUGUUAACCCAAUAUGUGGUUAUGGGUUUCAUGGGGAAAAAAACAGGGCCAUGUUUUCACCGACUUGGAAUGAGUGCCACCUCCCACAUAGGAGCCUCUUUUUUGUCUACUCCAGAUACGUGCUGUAUAACACUACACCGCAACGAAAUUAGCGCGUUCUUUCAUUUGUCAAAUUAGUCUAAUGUGAAAGAAACUACUUACUCAUCGACUGCAAAUUACUGAUCCUUGUAUGUAAAUCUGAAAAUGCCAGGUCACUUUUAGUCUGUUUAUGAACGAGAGAAACAGGCAAAUCUCUCUAAUGGAGCUUUUUCCAACUCAGUCUACCAGGAUUUGUUCCUCGUAGAGUUAGAAGGUUUAAAUGUGUUGUGGGGGCAUGAGGCUGUCAGACCUUUUGGCAAGUAAGAUUGAUCGCGUGCAUGCUUCUAGAACUCUUUGUUUAGUAUAUAAGCACUGAAACUACAAACGACCAAAGUAGGCCUACUAGUUUCCCUUACGUUUCAACAAUCCGGCAAAAAAAUUAAAAAAUAAAUUAAAUGACUUUUAGUUGAAUCAUAAUCCAAAAGAUCUAUAUUGAACGUCAAUUGUUUCGUUUAAAAAUAACAACAACUUAUGUUUACAUUUUACAUUCAUUGGUUUAAACAAAGCGACUUACCAGUUGAAACAUCAUGAAGCAAAUUUGUCACAGAGCCAAAAAUAUAUAGUAGACUUCACAAUGCCAGGUUUAGAAGUUAGAUUAGGAAACAAGCUAGAGUAAAGGUAAAGUGUUGUGUCAUAUUAACAAGAUAGAGCAAAGGUGACGUUUUAUAUGAUAUUAAGGUUUUUAGUACUUACUCUAAUCCUCACUGUUCAAACAUUGCGGGUACGCUCGGAAACAAAGCUUCCAGUUGACAACAUCUGGUAUCAGGAAGCCUUUUACUUCAAAUAUUUACUGAGGACGACGUAGGUCCCUAUCGACGAGAGAGAGCGAGCGAGAGUGUCCUUCAUAUAGAAGAUUUCGAAUUUCCAUUUUAUUUUGCGCAUUAUUUUGCAAAAAAUUAAUAGAUCUUGACAGAAUAAUAAUGUAUUUUAUGAUAUCUUUCAGUGCGAUUAUCUAUCAUCGUUGAUGACCUUACAAAAUGUUCUGUAAGUGGGUUUGUUUUAUGGAGCUGUACGUUUUUGUCUAACCGGUGUAUCUUAAGAAUCGAUAGGCGGAAAGUUACGUCAAUAGAUUUGCGUGUGGGGGAGGGGAUAUGUGAUUUCGAUGUAUUUAUGUGCCAUAUUAAUGGUAAGAGGGGCUAGCUGUCUUUUGAGAUAGAUUUAAAAAAAACAAACAACAACAAAAAACUUCUCUGUCAGUAGCAGGCUAACUUAUUUGGCAAAUGUACUGGAGCAAGACCGAUUCCCUCACAUUAUUUAUGAAACCAUUACACAGAGAGAAUGCACGUGCCUGUGCAGCAGGGGCAAAAGGGAGGUUCUAAUUCUUAUAUGCACCAGCCGCCGGUUUUGAGAUUGACAAUGAAGCUUCAGGGCCAUUGCCUUUAGCGAACACAAUGACUCCGAUGUACAUAACAGCAGUGACCUCCCUGUUAAGAAAGGAGAUGCUCGAAGAAGUUCUACGGAUCGAUCUUUCAAGCUGGAUCCUUUUGAAUAAACCCCAAAUUGCCAUUGGGUAAAGGUAAUCAUGUGACAUGUCUUUUCCGUCCAAUUUCAACCAGAUCUCCUUUUGAAUGAAUAUUGUCAAUAGUAAGCGGUCCACACACGGGUAUAUUACAAAAUAAUUUGAAUGUGUUUUUUCUCCACAUAGCCUGCUUAUUUUAAUUGAGAGCGAAAACUCGUAGACUUCAACGAAGCCAAACUUCCCCAUCCGCGCUCUUGGGGCGUGAGACAACAGGUUUACAAUGAAUUACGAGUUUGAACAUGAGACGGGUUUCAUCAAUAGUCGGCCAUCGCUCGCGGAGUGCCUUACUUCUUUCCCCCCUGUUGACGACUCAUUUCAGAAGUCAUCAAUCAAAAGCUCAGCGCUCACGAACCCUCACCCUCUUAUCCUACCUCUUUUCGAGCACACCAUCCCAAGCUUGAGUCUCGGGACUCAGCCACGCCAUGCAGGGCCCCGGCACAGUGUAGAUGGGGGAAGCCCACUACAUGCCAAAUCUCUGACCCAGGAAUACCCGUGGAUGCGCGAAAAGAAGAGUAACAAGAGAAACUGUCCUUUCACACCGACCGGCUUCUUGACUCCUACAACGGGAGUCAUUUGCUUCUCUCCAAAAGGCUCACCCGAGCUUCCCGAAGGCGGUUUAUCUAGUGGAGAAGGAGGUUCGCGCCGCCUGAGAACAGCAUACACAAACACACAGCUUUUAGAGCUGGAGAAAGAAUUCCACUACAACAAAUACCUUUGCCGACCACGCCGUGUGGAAAUAGCCGCGCUGCUCGCCCUUACGGAACGCCAGGUCAAAGUAUGGUUCCAGAACCGACGGAUGAAACACAAACGCCAGACCAAGACUAAAGACAUCCACGGGGAGCAAAGCAAGACAACUGUCGGGGAGGAUAGUGGUGCACAGAGCGACGAGGACGCUUCCAUUUGUGGCCUCAGUCAUGGCAGAUUGGGCGUUGAAGAUGGAGAGUCGAACACUUUUCAAAUCGACCUGUCAAACCUCUCUGGGCAGUCCUGUAAUGAUAACGACAUGCAAACUUUUGAAAUGUUUUCUAACAGCUUUAUGGAAAGAAGUCUAAAAGAUGUUUCCAGUCAGUCACCUACUGCUCUGGGCAAGGGGACAAUAAUAUGCAACCGAUGUGCCAGUCCGGACAAUUGCGAUUCCCCGCAUGUUAUGGACAUGUCUGUGCAGGACUUUUUUUCGACCGACUCAUGUCUGUCUGAUGCAGCUUCGCCAGUGCUGUGCAAGUCUCUGGAAAGCACAGAUGAUGUUUCAACAGACUUUUAUUUCUUUACGGAUUCUCUGACUACAGCUUAUUUAAUGCAAACUACUGAUUAUCGAAGUGGAUCAGUGAACAAAUGAAAGGAUAAAUCAGGAGUUUUAAAUGAUUUUUUGGUUUGCAAUAUACGCGAUUAUGAUAACAUAUCGAAGGUAAGCUAUAUAAGCCCUGUGCCCUGUAUUUAGUAAUACAUAAUGCAUUGGCCUAAUGCAUUCAUAACAGAAGUAUUAGUUUAGAUUACUUUUAUUUUUGUAUCGAGUGCUGCUUAUUUCUGUAAAAAUAAACAUACUU